AUGGUCUUGCCAUAUUACAAUCAACUCGCCGUCGUGCCCACCACUCUCAAUCAUCCCGCCGCUGGUCAUUGGGAACGAGUCGAAGAUUGGCCAAAGACUUUUCCGCUCAACCCUACUUACACGCUCGCUCUGCAGGCUCCGAGUGCGACUACUGCGUACUACGCCUCUCUUCCGAACGCGCAAGCGACGUACUACUGGGCGGGUAACGGCACCACCCAGCCUGCUGGUUACUACUAUCACAACGGCCAGUACUACGGCGCGACACCUCCUCCCACGGCUACCGGUUGGCAAUACCCAUCUCCUACCUCAUACUCCUCAUACUACUACUCUACUUCAUACCCAAGUAACAACGCCUUCUCUUCAUAUCCAUACUCCUACCAGUACACAUACCCAUAUUCAUCAUACAGAUACUCACCAUCUUUCUACACAGCCCCUCCUGCUCACUGGCCUUCCGCCUGGCCGGCUCCUCCUGCUCCCUCCGCGUGGUAUCCCGGCUGGUCUGCACCCAGCACUUGGCCUGGUUCGACCGCCAACGCCGCCGCGACAGCUGCCUGGUACAUCGCCCAGAAUACCGCCAUGGCUCAGUUGCCUAGUGCUCCUAUGUACUUCGUCGGCUCCAGCCCUGCCGAGAUCGCUGCUCAGAACGCCGCUCUAGCUGCGAUGCUCAACGUUCCGGUGCCCGGUGGCAAUCAGCUCAUUCCAUUCAAGCCAAGCACGAAUCCGCAGUUCUGGUGCAAGGAGUUGGACGGCAGUUGGACAUUGCGAGAGCAGAACGAUAUCCUCACGGGCGACAUUGGUGCUGGAGUCUGGGAGAAGCACCCGACCAGUGGCUAUCACUACUUCGUGAGAGCUCCGAUGUGA